AUGCCCGUUGGCUCACUUACGCCCCGCUCGUACACUCAUAUUGGACAUACUCUGUUGAUAUCGCUUUGAACCGAUCCUCUACUGCGCUUCACGGCACAAUAGGGGACGACGACCCGCACGCUGCUACAGGUACUGCAAGAACAAGCCGUACCCCAAGGUCAGUCAUCCGAUGGAGAUACCCCACCGCAGCGUUUUGCGUCACAAGAAACUGACGUCGGUACGUUCCCUCGUUGGACUUACAGUCGAGGUACAACCGUGGUGUCCCCGACCCCAAGAUCCGGUGAGUCGGCAUUGGAGAAGCACGAGCACAGAGUCUAGAAUUGAGCGAGCUUACUGACCUCCUCUUUCUGUCCCUGCCACCUCUCAGUAUCUUCGAUCUCGGUCGCAAGAAGGCCUCCGUCGAUGACUUCCCCUUCUGCUGCCACCUCGUUUCCAACGAGUACGAGCAGCUCUCGUCCGAGGCGCUCGAAGCCGCUCGUAUUUGCGCCAACAAGUACGUCGUCAAGACCUCGGGCAAGGACUCGUUCCACUUGCGCGUGCGCGUGCACCCCUACCACGUCAUCCGUAUCAACAAGAUGUUGUCCUGCGCCGGCGCCGAUCGACUGCAAACCGGUAUGCGAGGCGCGUGGGGCAAGCCCUACGGUACCGUCGCCCGAGUCAACAUUGGGCAAAUCAUCAUGUCGAUCCGUUGCAAGGACUCGAACAAGGCCGUCGUGAUGGAGGCGUUCCGUCGUGCGCAGUACAAGUUCCCCGGACGCCAAAAGAUCAUCGUGUCCAAGAAGUGGGGCUUCACCUCGUUGGCGAGGGAGGAGUACGUCGCGCAGCGUUCGACCGGCAUCAUGAAGCAGGAUGGGUGCUACGUUCAGUACAUCACCCCCAAGGGUCCUCUGGAGGAGAACCUCCGAACCUUGGAGCGCAUCGCCGCCGCCAACUAA